AUGUUCGGAAAGAACAGGAACGCUAAACAGGCGAGCGUUUCGCACAACUCAAAAUCCGCAUCCCCAGCGUAUGCGGAUGAAAACCACAAGGUGACACCGCCAACCCACGCGGCUUCGUCCUACAUGCGCUCCCUCCGCGAAGGCAAUCCCAACGAGAAGGUCGAAGUACCGAUGAUCCAUAGCACCCAUGAGCUCUCCUUGGGAGACUACUUGCCUUUCGGGAGUGCUAUGAAGACAGGCAAGCGCACUGUAAUCUCACGCAGUAUGACACGCGACUGCUACAUCAAACACUACGCCAAAGAUGAUGAGGGCAACUACAUCGGGACAGAGAAGCCAUACCCGGACUGGCAACUUGUCUUUGUGCCGAACAAGGGUACACCUGAGGACAUACUGAGGCAGGUAAGCGAAGCGUAUAAUGUCAAUGAAACGAUACCGUCAAAGCCAUGGCAGUUGAAUCAAUUCGUCGAUGUGAGACACGAUAUUCGACGCCUACAUAGCCGCAAAGAACUCAAACACACCCCAAUUCAAUAG